CUGAGUGUAUCUCAUUCGGCUCGAGUUUCCCUGUUCCACAGCAAACCCCGCCUACAAAACACCCUGAAUAAUAGCCGAAAUGUCUUGCUAAUGGGCCGGAGGCCUUUCCCUGAGUGUUUAUAUCCCCCUUGCUUUCUCUUAUUAUCGGAAAUGAUUAGAAACUGUGCUUUAUUCGAGAGAGGCUCGACUAGGCAGCCACUAGGAUUCGCGUUUUGAGCCCGAAGCCUUGGUGUGGGAGUCAGAUUUGAAUGAACAUCGACCCGCGGUUUCCGGUUGGAUUUGUGAGAAUUCUAUAGGGACAUGUGGGCCGUGAAACAUUGUUAAUAGCUUCUGUUGACGGAUGGGCGCGAGAUGAAUUUCCCAGACAAGAAUUAUCUCGAUUUAUUAUGUUGUGGUGGUGUGGGCAAAGGUUCGCAUCUUUCCUGGAGAAUGGCAAGUUUCGCUCAUGUUGGUGUUGUCAGAGAACCAAACUGCUGAAAAAUGCCAAAAUCGUUCUUGAUUAAAAAGGGAAAAGAAUAUGGAAACCUGUCCUCAAACGCUGACUUCCAAGAACACCCGACAGUUACCGAAGGAGCCACAAGCGAGUCGGGAAAGGCAUCGACCUCACAGCCCCCGCAACAUAAGUUGAAACGCCGUGAAAACGGUAGAAAAACGAACGAACUCGGCGAAGAAGACGCCAAUGAAGUGAGUGUAGAUGAAAAUGGGAAUUGUAUUGAAGAUAUAAGCGUUGCUCGGGUAGAUCGCCGUCACAGAGGCGCUGAAAGCUCCAGUGGUGGUCGAAGUCGGUAUGUUUGUGCCGAAUGUGGUAAAUCGUACGCUACAUCUUCGAAUCUCUCCCGGCAUAAACAGACUCACAGAAGCUUGGACAGUAAGCUCGCUAAGCGCUGCGAGCACUGUGGUAAGGCUUACGUCUCCAUGCCAGCCUUAGCCAUGCAUGUUCUGACGCACAAGCUUCUUCACAAAUGUGACGUGUGCGGAAAAGCGUUUAGCCGACCAUGGCUUCUACAGGGACAUAUGAGGUCGCACACUGGCGAGAGACCGUUCCUGUGCCCGGAAUGUAACAAAGCGUUCGCAGAUCGUUCUAAUCUCAGAGCUCAUAUGCAAACACACUCCCCGCUCAAGCAAUUCAAAUGCGAACGGUGCGAUCGAACCUUCGCUCUGAAGUCCUACCUUAAUAAACACGCCGAAUCAGCCUGUGCUCGCGAAGUCACAACAAGCAAAGAUUGAAUGAAAAACCGCCUACACAAUUCUUCAUUCUAGAAGCAGAAGCGGAUAAAAGUUUGAGCAAAAUCCAGGGAAAGAUAGGUGGUUAAAGUAUCUUUAUGUUCGUGUAAUGUUGUCGGUCGCAUAACCUGUAGAGCUCUUAUCAAGAAAUUUAAAAGAUGUCAAUUGUAAAAUGCAGUGCAGAGAAGACGAUGUAAAAUUCGUUGAAAAUGUUUAUCGUAUCAAAUUUAUCUCAGGACACAGGAUGAAUUUGUUAUGUCAAUCUACUGAAACGUCUCAUUCGAGAGGCGAUCAACAAAAACUAUUAAGAGAUUGAAGUUCUUUCCGAGAAAGAAAAAUAUAUUGGCUGUCACUCGCAGUGGUAUUUAUCUUAAGCGACAGCAAAAAAUACGAGUAUUUGCAUUCGAUGUUCCCAAGCAAAUGAUUAGACUCCGCAUAAGGAUAUGAUUUUGGGUGAUUGAGAAGUUUUGUUUAUCUGUUAUACCACCAAGAGUUCGAUUUCAUUUGAAAUCUCACGGAAGAUGUAAACUUAAAAAUAUCUCUAUGGGAAAUGUUCAGUAUGGCAAGACGGCUUAAUCUUGUUUCGCUUACAAGUUAAAUUCAUUUUUUUGAUCUCAUGAAACCUGAGGGUAUUUGGCCCUUUUUUCAGCGUUAAAUUCGUUGUUAAUUUUCGACUUGUUGGUUCAGUUGUGUUUUGCAUUCAUUUUUCUGACAUUUUUAAUAUUAAUAAGGGGCCAUUUCCUCAUUCUCGUUUAAAUAUGUAAUCCGACUUUGUCGGUCAGUUUCCCGAUUUUAAAACUUCGCCGGAGAAUUAAGCACAAAAAUCAUAAUAUUUAUGGAGAAAAAAUUUUAAUUUUUACAUUUGCUACACUGCAGGACAGUUUUGUUGCUGAGUUUCUUAAAUUAAAAUUUAUAAUUUAUUCUUUCGCUAAAAACCACGUCUUUUGAAUUAAGUAAUUGUAUUGAGAGCGAAAUAGAAGAGCUUUGGGGUAUGGUGUUCUAGGGAUUUUCAUUACAGUUGGGUUUCAAAAAUAAUUAAAUAGAAUUUUUAAUUUUCUCGCAAUUGAGAGAAAUUGAGUAAGGCGCAUGAGAGAAUGUUUGUGCUUUGAAUUGUAAUUUGGUUAUUUUAAAGAGGCAGCUUCUGAACGGAAAAAGAAAGAAUGAUCCGUAUUGGUUUUCAGUUUAAUUUUUUCCGUGGCUGUACGAUACUCAGCCAUCAAACUAUGUUUCACUCAAUUUCUCUCGAUAACAAUCAGGUUUGAGCUGAGAAGUGUUCAAUGUUUUUCCCAGGUAUCUUAUAUUAAGAGAGUUAUUCGCGUCAAAAAAAACUUGGAUGCUGGUUGAAAGCGGAAUAUUCAGUGACCUAUGCGACUAAUUGCUGUCUUUCUGUGAUUAACACACUUGGCGUUGAUAUAUGAAAUUGGAAGACAAAUUAACGUUUCGCAAACGUUUUAAAAUGACUUUUGUUUAGCUAUGGUUUUAGCGAUUUGAUCUAGGGGUUUCCUUGCUUUGAGGUUCUUAAUGCACAUCGAUUCGUGUAUUCUUAAGUUAUUGAUGCGCAAAAGCUUUUUGCUUGUAAAUAUUCAAAAGAUUUUGUUCUGUUCGCUGAAUUAUAUUGCUAUGUAAAAUUAAUUGUACAUAUAUUGUGUAAAAAGUUUUCUUUGGAAAAUGGAAUUCUAACUCUGAUUCUUGAUCAGAAUCAGAUUUCUCUUCAAAAUCGUAAGAGAUAAUGGGACAUGCAGGUCAUGAGAAUUGAGGUACUGAUCACUAAAAAAAUGUGUUGUUAUGACCUAUUAGAAUACAUGAAUUGAGAGCUUUGAGGAUAAUUUGUAUAUAAAUGUCGAUAUCAAGGCUCCAGGGGGUUAAAAUACGUAGUUAUCGCGCUGUUGGUCGGGCGAUAUCGGAAGACUUCAUGAUGAUAUACAGAUCCUGCAUUUAUCUGCUUCUCAGAUAAUAUCUGCGUACACACGAAAUUUUCCACAGCAUUGUUAAUAUUUCAGCUUGUAUAUUUUGAAUAGUGGAUUAUUGUAACACAUACUCACGUGCUAGCUGUUAAAUUCUCUAUUUUGGGAUAUCGAAAAAUAAUGUACUAUAUUUGUGCUUUGCGUUAAACCCCGUGUUUCACUUUUCGUGAAAUGACCUUCUCAUUUCGUUACAAGAAAUGGCAUGUAACUUAGCAGUAGUAGGAAAAGCAGCAGGACUGUGAAACGAACAAGGAGGGUGGUACUGAAAUGUACUUCAGUUUUACUGAAGAACCUCUUCUGUCACUCGUCACAGGUCAAGGACCUAUCACGCUGGUAAUCUGUAAUCAUUGAAAGUGUUGUGUCAAUAAAGA